GCGACUUCCGGCCAGUGGUCGGUUUGUGGAUAGUACCGGCCCCGGUUCAGGGGCGGUGUUGCCCGGUAUUGAAAAUGAUCUUGACCGGUUUGCCUUUUCGGUUCGUGGUGCCUCGUCAAUACAUUAUGAUAAAUGGUCCAACUUCCAAUAUCGACUACACGAUUAGUCGCCUGGCACCAUCCCAAGUCUCUCCCAUCCCACUCCCGUGGCCUCUAUCCCCUGGCUCUCUGGCCAAUGGCAACUGCAAAACCUGCUGGUGUACUGGUUCCCUACGCGUCAGAUCGGCCUGGUCGGCCGCGGUCGUGUGUCGGUAUUGGCUCGUAUAGACAAUCAGCGGGUGUUUACGUAAGCACAAUCUAAACGAUCGUAUAACAAAAUCAAAUAAAAAAAAACACUAUACGAAUACACAAAUAAAG